AUGGCGGAGGCGCUGCGCGACGCGCGGACGCAUUCCGCGACGGGGAUGACGCUGGAGGAGCUGGCGAAGGCGCUGGAGGAGGCGAACGCCGCGAACGCGGCGUCGGAGGUGGCUUUGCAACGCGCGAAGCGAAAUCUGGAGACGGAGCAUCGGAAGGGCGUCGAGGCGGCGGCGAAGUUGCUGAGGCGCGUUCGUUCGUUGUGUUACCACACUGGUCCCCACGACCGCGUCGGCGUUGUGAACGUCGUUCCUUGA